CACCAGCACCGACACGCACGUCCUAGUGAGCGCGCGCACAGCUGCGUUCUGUCACGUGAGCUCACCUUUAAGGAUGUCAGCUGGUCGGAUUCAGGUGAUUCUGAUCCGUUCACCUUCACCGGGUUGCGGUCCGCAGCACGGCUCCAUCAGUUCCCCAUCACACCGACACGAGAAGUGGGACUGACUCCAGUCACUGGGGACGGAACCUGGGCUGCAGGAUGACCCGAACCCCAGCUCCCUCUCGGAUCCGGGUCUGAGUCUCAAUGAUCACCAUUAUGGACCCGCAGCUCCAGGAGAACACCUAUAAGAUGACGGAGGAGGACGUGAAGAGGCUGAUUGGGUUCCGAGCGUCCAAUGAAGUUCUGUUCACAGGGAAGAGGAACUCAGCCAAGAUCGCGUGGAGCACCAUCCUGAGAGGUUUGGGUCUGGAAGGGAAGCUAACAGCAGACCAGAUUGCUAAGAAAUGGGACAACCUGCGGACGAAGUAUAAGGACCUGAAGCAGCCCUACGAGGCCCAGGAGCGCAUCGGAGCGGUGGUGGAGUCCUGGCCCUGGUUCCAGAUCAUGGACGAGGCCAUGCAAGGUCGCCUCUACAGCAGCGAUCUGGUCCUGAGUCCAGACACCCUUGACUGCACUGUUCACCACCCCAGCACCCAGGCCAACCCGAACCAGGAGAACACGGAUAUUUUGGAGUUCCUCAUCAAGACGGAGAUGGAAGACACGGUAGCAGCGGAAACGGCAGACAGUGGAACCGUUAACACAGAGGCCCCGCCCACCGGGGGCAUCCCCAUGGGCUGGAGGAGGAUGACGGAGUGCUCGUACAAAAUGACCGAAGCAGAGACGGAGAGAAUGAUCAAACUUCGGGCUGCAAAUGAAGCCCUCUUCACUGGGAGAAGACAUUCUGCCAAGCCAGCCUGGAGGGCCAUUCUGUACGAACUGGGUCUGCAGGGCAAACUGACCACGGAUCAGCUGGCAAAGAAGUGGGACAACCUGAAGAGGAGAUAUAAGGAGCUGAAAUGUCCUCGCGGCAUGGAGACCAACCCAAGCUCCUGGCCCUGGUUCUACCGGAUGAACGACGCUAUAGAGGGACGAUUCGUCAGCUCCGCGCCCAUCCUCACCCCCAUUGUGGAAGACGAAGAUGAGGACUGCGAGUCUCUGUCACCGACACCAAAAAAAGUCCGGCGAAGCAGAGGGAGUAUGACUGAGUUCCUGAUGGAGUCUGAGAUGGACCUGCUGGUUGAUAACGAAGAGAAGAAUGGAUCGUCAGCUCUGGUAGAUCUGCCACGGGUCACAGAGGUCACCUACAAAUUGACUGAAGAAGACACCAGGCGGCUGAUUGAGUUACGAGCUGCUAAUGAAUCUCUGUUUACCGGCAGGAGGAACACGGCUAAACCUGCCUGGAGAGGAAUAGUGAAGGAGUUGGGGCUGAUGGGGAAGAUAACACCUGACCAGGUGGCCAAGAAGUGGGACAACCUGAAGACAAAGUUUAAGGACCUGAAGUUUCCUCCUCGAGGGAUGGAGGCUCAGACCAGCCCGGCCUCGUGGCCCUGGUUCCAGCUGAUGAGUGACGCUUUGGAGGGGCAGCUUGCAGGAAAAGCUCCCAAAGUGACACCCAUCUGGACCAAUGAUGAGGACUGUGUGUUCAGCUCACCCCCCCACCCAGAUAGAGAUGGUUUGAUGGUGGAGAAGGGUGGAGUGCCAGAGGUGGAGAGCAUGCUGGGUAGAGAUAUCAGAGCGGCAGACACAAGCAUCACCUUAAUCGAUGCCAGUGGGGACGAGUGUUCCACACCCUCAGAGUUCUACAAAAUGACGGAUCAGGACACCAGGAGGAUGAUUAAACUCCGUGCUGCUAAUGAGCUGCUCUUCACUGGGAGGAGGAACGCUGCCAAAGCUGCCUGGAAAGCCAUCCUAAAGGAGCUCGGCCUGCUGGGGAAAGUCUCCACCUACCAAAUGGCCAGGAAGUGGGACAACCUGAAGAGGAGGUACAAGGACCUGAAGUAUCCUCCUGCUGGGGUGGACCGAGCUGCGGACAGCGCAUCCUCCUGGCCGUGGUUCCACCUGAUGAAUGAAGCCAUGGAAGGCCGUCUAGCGAGCAGCGCCCCCCUCCUCAUCCCGGUCAUUCGGGAGGACGAUCAGCAUCUUGACCCCGCCCCUCGACACAGGCUCCGUCCUACACCUCCCCCGCCUCCCUGCUCUGACUUUGACGAGGAAGUGUUUGGAGAUGAGCGGAGCAUGGCGCCGUGCGACAGGCCGCUGGAUCAGGAGUGGGAGGUGUUGGGGCGGGAUCGGGUGGUGCUGGAGCAUGAGCGCAAGGUGGUGGAGCGAGACCGAGUGGCUGUAGAGAGAGAGAGGGCAGCGAUGCAGGCAGAGCGGCUCUGGUUGGACCGAGAACGUGCAGCGCUGGAGCGCGACCGAGCCCUGGUGGAGCAGGACAGAGAGGCGCUUGGCCGCGAGAGGGAGGUCUUGGACCAGAGAACCCUGAUGCUGAACUCUGUGGUACACUCGGGACACCUCAGCAGCCUGAUGUAGGUGAGAUGCCAGGACUGUUUAUAUAGAGCCUUCUGGAGUCCUACAGCCCCCCAAGACACUUUAUAACAUUCACACCCUGGUGUUGAUGAGCUACAUCGUAGCCACAGCUGCUCUGGGACACACUGACAGAAGCCACCGCUCCCUCUGACCUCCACCAGCAGGUGGGGAUGGGCAGGAGUGUCCAGCGACUGAAGGACCGAGCGGUGCUCAAACCGGCAACCCUCCGUGUGUGUGUGUGUGCUCUGGUCUUAGCCCUGGUCUUGCUUCCGGUCCCUGUCCUGGUCCUGGUUCCGGUCCAGAGCACCUUUAAUGAGCUGCUCAAACACGAAGAGAUGAGUGCUAAACCUCUGAACAGCUUCUGGUUCUGAUGGGCCGGUGAGGAGGAACCUACUGCUGUGGGCCAGAACAUGGAGAUGGUUGUUUGGUUCUGACCCGGUCCUGCUGCAGCAGAACCGUGGGUUAGGGUAAAGAGCUUUUAUUGUUGAGGGGUUUCUAUGAAAUAACUAAUAAAUGAUAUUAUUAAUAAA